AUGAUUUGGGUUGUGUUAAACGCGAUUCGCGUUCUCGUCGUGGUUGCGUGUUUGGCGGUGGAUGAUGUAACGGGUUAUGGUAAGAUUUUCUGUCAUGAUGAUUUUCAGACUUUUGGCAAAACUUUGCGUAAAUCCACAAUGUUUUUUGAAGCAAUAUUUACAGGGGAAUUAAUCCAAGUGCGACGCUCAGAUUUUGAUGAAAAUUGGCACAAAUUUAGAGUAUUUUUUUUCAAAGAUAUAUGCGAGAAUCCUAGCUCGCGCUUUGCAGAAACAACCGAGAUUUUUAGAUCGAAAGUCGGCGAAAAUUUAGGACUUUUUGCCGAAUUUCGACACGAAAAGUUUCAUGCCUAUUUCUGCCGUAAAGUAUAAUGUUUCUACAAAAAAUCAAUUUUUUUCGCACGGAACUGCCAAAGUUAUGGCCAAAAAGCGUUUUUCUCUCUGACCGCUCUCCACGUUUAGCGUGCUCUCUCGGCGGCAAAAAUCGUUCGAUAACUCGGCGGCGCCGGCAAAGCGCGAGCUAAAACUUUCAGGAAUUGAUAUUUAGUCCAUACCCGACGUGUGUGCAAAAUUUAAAGAAAAUCUGAGCGUCGCACUUGGAGUACUUCCCCUGCAAAAUAUUUUUCGAAAGCAAUCUUUAGUUAAAAUUUUCAAUAAUUUUUUCAACCUUCCAGCCAGCUCUGCGGACCCUCGAGACGGUCUAAAACAUGAUCAAGUCCCUCAAGUUCGGUUGACCCGCGAUAUCCUUGGUCCCGGUAGAUAUGACAUCCGGGUUCGACCGGUUCAGAAUCACUCAAGACCCCUGAAAAUCUACAUCAGCAUGAGUUUGUAUCAGCUAAUUGAUGUGAACGAGCCUUCGCAAUUCAUUCAAAUGAACAUGUGGAUGAUUCAGAAAUGGGAAGAUGAGAUGCUGGAUUGGGAUCCGAGAGAUUACAGUAUGAUCAACACCACGAUCCUGCCGCAUAAUGUGAUCUGGAUUCCGGACACUUAUGUGAGUUUGGGAAGGCAUUUCUGCCGCCCACGACACGCCUCUGACGUACAUUUUUUUUAAUUUUUUUCAGCUCUACAACAGUGUUGUGAUGGCCGCCGACGAGACGGAGCGCUACAUGAACAUACGAGCGGACACACUUUUUUGGGAGGGUCGUCGAGGAUCUCAUAUAUCCUUUUUGUAUCCAGCCAUCUACACAGUCACUUGUCGUCUGAAUAUCCGAUACUUUCCGUACGAUCAGCAGAAUUGCACGCUAACUAUCAGCUCGUGGACCAACAGUAAAUCGGCAUUAGAUUAUUAUGCUGACCCAGAAGUAAACAUGGCCUCGUUUAUUCCGAAUGAGGAAUGGAAGGUCAUAUCGUUCAAGGUGUUUCGACAUGAGGUAAGUGAGUUUGAUGGUCGUGCAGUUAAACCUCUGAAAAACGAAUCGAAAAAAGGAGCGAAAAUAUUGUUCGUUGAAGAAAGUUUUUGUUGUACGGAGGUUUAUUUUGCCCAAAAAUUGAGUAAUAAUAGUCUGUCGGGAAAAUAAUGAGCGAAAUGUCGCUGCGCCGAUCGUGUCGCUGAAGUGAAAAGCAAUUUGAUUUUGCCGUGAUGCAAUUCAUUUUCUCGACGGCGAUGCAAUUGUCGGUGCAACAGAGUGCUCAUUAUUUUCCCGACAGACUGAUAUAAUAGGACCGUUGAAAUUAUUCGUUAAAAAAGUUUUCGCCAUACAUAGGUUCUACUGUCCCUUUUCCUUUUUUUUAAAUUCUGUGAUACACUGGAGCCCCUAUACAACAAGUCUCAGUACACCGUUGUAGAUGUAGCCAUCUCUCUAUUAUGAACAAUGGAAUCUGUCUAGAGCAAAGUUCAGUAUAACAAAACCCCUCUAUGACGAACGAUUUUAAAGGUCCCAAGGGUCAAUUUCAUGCCGAAGUGAAACUUCAUCUAGCUAAACCCUUUUAUAAAAAAAUGAUUCUUUCUCAUUGCGAUUUGGUGUACUCAGAUUUCACUAGGUACAUUCUAGUUCCAUUUGCAAACUCGCUGGAGUGGUUUUUGCGAUAUUCACUGUGCGAAAACAAACGUUUACUUUGCACUCUGCAAUUUCUUGCUUUUGGCACCGUGCAAUAGGAGUUUUUGGACCGUCACUGCCCCUGACUUUUUUUGCACAGUGCUUGUCUCCAAAAAUCACUCCAGCGAGUUUGCAUACGGAACUAUAAUGUACGCAGUGAAAUAUGAGUACACCAAAUCGCAAGGAGAAAAAUAAUUUUUUUAGAGAAGGGUUUUGCUAUAUGAGCUUUUACUUUGGCAUGAAAUUGACCUUUAGGACCUUUAAAAUCGUUCGCCAUAGAGGGUUUUUGUUAUACCGAAGGGGCUACUAACGAGCAAUUUUAUAAGUCCUAAUGGUCAAUUUCAUGGCAAAAUCAGUCUCCGAUUAGCGAAACCCUUCAAUAAAAAGUGACUUUUUUCUUGUGAUUUUGCGUACUGAGGUCUCAUUGUUCUGCAUAUGCGAUUUUGACCUUUUUCAGUACAAAUACGCCUGUUGUCCGGAGCCUUGGGUGAUUCUGGAAGCAUCGAUUGUCAUCCGCCGCAAACCUCUGUAUUACGUCGUGAAUUUGAUCAUCCCCACCUCUAUCAUUACACUUGUCUCAAUUACGGGCUUCUUCACCCCGGCCAGCACGGCCGACGAUCGGACGGAGAAGAUCAACCUCGGUAUUACUACUGUAGGUCCUAGAUUUAUAUUUUGUGAAAUAAGAAACUUCUGUUUCAGCUUCUUGCCAUGUCCAUUUUGAUGUUGAUGAUCUCGGAUCAGAUGCCAACAACAUCCGAUUUUAUACCUUUAAUUGGUAAGCGAUCUUCGUUUAGCAAUAAAUAAUUUUUUUCAGCAUGGUUCUACCUCUCGAUCAUCAUCAUCAUCUCGAUUGGCACCUUCCUAACCAGCGUCAUUUUGAGUAUUCAAGGGCGUCGACAGUACGGAAAAGUGCCUCCGAUCUACGUUAGAUAUUGGUUCUUCUGCAAAUUCACUGCCUGGUUCUGCGUUGGGGUCCCGCCACCGCUGGCGGUUUUAUGGGAAGAGUUGCAUGUAAGUCAAAAAAAAAUGCUUUUUUAUUUGAAAGUCAUACUAGUCCGUUCGUAAAAAUCGCUGUGAUUUCGGCGACUUGCAAUGUGAAAAAAACAAAGUUCAUUUUGCACCGUGCAAUGUCUUGCUUUUUGCACUGUGCAAUACAGUGACGGACCUGAUCCAGUAGCAAAAAACGUAUCAUUUUGCAUCCGGGAAAUGUCAAAAAUGUAGCAAAAUGCGGGGCUUCGGUAGUUGAGCCCCCCACGAAAGGUAGUUCAAACCCCCACUGUUUUUCCCGUUUCACACCCCACAUAAUGAACAGGGGUUUGAUCUACUACGUUGGGGGUUUGAUCUAAAACGUAGGGGACUUGACCUAAAACGUAGGGAGCUUUAUCCAAAAAGUAGGGGGCUUGAUCUGAAACGUAGGGGGCUUGUGCUGGUCCAUACAACUUGGAUUAAUUCUUUGAAAUAAAUUUUGGGGUUUAGAAUGGACGAGGGGGUUUGUACUGGGUCAUGGGGGGCUAAACUGGACUGGGGAGGCUGUACUACCUUAGCCCCCAAAAUGCCUCCAUCUUCAACUUAAAAAAAUUCCGGUUUGAAAAGCGCGCGCGCCCUUUCCCUCAAAAAAAGAGCGGGAGCGCUUUUGAAAUCGCAGUUUUUUAGCGAGAGAGGGAGGCAUUUUGCUACAUUUUUUUGAUACUUCCCGGAUGCAAAAUGGUACGUCGUUUGUUACGGGUCUGUCACUGUACGCUUUUUUGGGCUGUAUCUAGCACUCUGACAUUUCUUGCACAGUGCAAAGGCCAAAAAUCACUACAGCGGCUUUACGAACGGACUAGGAUUUAAAAAUUUCACUUUCAAACGCCCACAGCUCCAGUCAAAACGAAAAUUUCAACCAAGCGCUGAUGCAAAAAGUCUCAGAAUUUUGUGUAGCAACCUCAGUAAAUUCUUUUUUCGAAAAAUUUAACGUUAAGUAUUUUUCAUAUGCCUCGCUUAUUUGGGGUUUCAGACCAGGCUGAAGAAAAGUCAAAAAGCACUGUUUCUUUACUUGAUCCUUCUCGUUUCCCUCUUAUCUGAAAAGUCGAUCAUUCAAAUCGGCACCUAGGGUAACCAACACGGGUACCCGAUUCGGGAGAAAUUUUCUAAGUUUCAGCGGUUUCGGCUCGAAAAUAAUUCUUCAAAACUUUGGAAGGCAGAGAAAGGUCAAUUCAAAAUACAGUUUUUAAAAAUUUAAUCCGUUGAAAAUGGCAGGUCAGCUCCAGAAAGAUCUAAAUCUUGAAAAUCGGCGAUCUAAAGUUGAGAAAAAUCGGCGGAGUCUCCGCGGAGAAAUCCAAAGAAAAAACUUACCCGUUUCGAGUGGCCCACCCUGUAGAUCACCAAAGUCUGCUGACAAUGACUCAGAGUUUGCUGACAACAAUCUAGAUUUUUUAAAUCCUUUCUCGUCGUAUUAUUUCGCUUUCCAGGACCACCCUUACUACACGUACAACAAGCGGAAAAAAAUCAUCUCAGUGCCAGGCGCACUACUCCCGGAUCGACCGCCUCUAAAUGCAAGUGAAAAUACUGAAAUCUUUAUUGCUAAAAUACGAUGAUUUUAAUGCUAUCGUUUUUUAGAGUUACCACAGUAGGCAAGAGAAACAACUCGAUUCUCCGGGAUCUCCAAAACUAUUGGCGAUCCCAACGCCCGCUUCAACGAGGUCGAGGAAAAAUUGGCUUCGCGUUGGGAGUGCCAUUCAAAAACACAAGGCCACAUUGGAUGAUAAGAUCGUGGUGCCGAUGAUUGACAUCAGCACGCCGGGAUCGGUGUCGAGCAGCGCGACCAAUUCGAGGAGGGCGUCAAUGUGGGAUCAGACGGUGGCCAGUGUUAGUGUCGCUACGGGGCGAUUGAUUGGUAAGAAAUUAGAAGAAAAGUGUUCAAAAUAAGCUUGAAUAUCAUUCUGUCGGGAAAAUAAUGAGCACAAUGUCGCAUCGAAAAUCGUCGCUGAGAAAAUGAAUUGUGCCGCGACAAAAUCAAAUUGCUUUUCACUUCAGCGACGUGAUCGGUGCACGUCAAACUGAGAUAAGCUAAAACAGUCCGGUGGAUUGGUAAUUUGCCAAAAAAAGAUGCGAAAAAACGUUUUGUCGGGGAAGAAAUGGGGAUUUUUUGGGGCGAGAGAGUACGUUUUUGCGUGUCUCUUUUCUCUCUUUCUCUGCAAAAUCAAGCCGAAGUGUAAAAAACCGAUAGCGAAGAGUCUAUUCCGGUCACCGGACUCCUCAGUUUGACGUGCGGUGUAGCGACAGAGUGCUCACUAUUUUCCCGACAGGCUGAUAUUUGAAACCCCUGCAUAGGUCACAUAUAAAUCCAUGAGAAGUUUAUCUCGCGCUUUGCAAGCACAGCCGAGAAAUUCAACGACAUUUGUAGGCGCAAAAAACGAAGAGGGUAGUCAGAGAGACAUUUUUUUAUCAUUUUUUUUUGUGGAAAUAUUACCGGGAUUACUUGUAAUGGACAGUGUGAAAAAAUCGCAAAAAAAUCAAAAAUUUAUGCUUAUCUUUUACACAAGAAAGUUGCUUUUUCCACGCUAAACUCAACGAUAUAGGGAACAAUAGGGUUCUCUCUGACCGCUCUCCGCAUUUCGAGUACUCUCUUGUCCGCAAAGACUGUUGAAUAUCUCUGCUGUCUCUGCAAGGCGUGAGCCAAAACUUUUGUAAACUCAUAUAUGGCCUAUGCACCACACAUGUGCUAAGUUUCAUCAGGCAUAUGAAAAAAAGACCUUAAAAAAUUUAAUUCCAGGCCUCGCCGACAAAGACGCGACCGCGCGUCGGACCUCGGCCAUGAUCCAAGCCGACGUCAUGAGCAUGAAGCGGAAACGUCAAUGCUCUCUGGAAUGGGAGUUUCUGGCCACCAUUCUGGACAGGAUAUUCCUGAUCUUCUUUAUCCUAAUCGUGCUCAUCACCACGCUGGGCAUGAUGAUGACGGGUCAUUUGGCGCAGUAUCAAUACGACCUCGAGGGAUGA